AUGACUCCGGAUGAGGCUAACAAAAUCAUGGGUACCAUUACUUCUGCCAUUGAUGACAUUUACAAUGAAAAGGCUACAAGUAUGGACUAUCAAAAGUUGUACGAUCUUGCCUAUCAAUUAGUAACCAAGAAGUUUGGUGAAAAGCUUUAUGACAAGGUGCGAUCUACCAUUUCGAAACACACACAAGGUGUUUGCAACGAUAUUAGCAAACAAACAGAUACAACUUUCCUUUCUUAUCUAUUGAACGUAUGGAAGAAAUAUAGAAAAGCAGCAUGUACUAUUAGAGACUUGCUAUUGUUUUUGGAUGAACAAUGGGUUGAGCGUCAGUCAACUCAUGAUGUCAAAAUCAAAACUGUUUUUGAACAAGGUAUUUUCAUUUUCAGAGAGGAAGUUUUGAUCAAGUUGACAGACAGAGUUCAAAGAAUCAUGCUCACAAUUAUCAAGAAGGAAAGAGAUAAUGUAGAGAUUGCAGACAAGUUUUUACUUCGUAGCUUGACACAAAUGAUGGUUGAAAUUGACAAGGAGAAAGUUUACAUUCCUGUAUUUGAAACUAAAUUCUUAGAAGAAUCACAUCACUACUACAAAAUUGAGGCUCAACAAUUCUUUGAUAAUUGUACAGCUGUAGAUUAUCUCAAGAGAAUCCAAGUUCGUUUGAAGGAAGAGACUGAAAGAGCUGAACGUUGUUUGGAUGGUGACACAAAGAACAAAAUUGAAAAUGUUAUCAAGGAAGAGUUCAUUGAAAAGUAUAAGGAAUCAGUUGUGAAGAAGGAAGGAAGUGGUGUUUUGGUAAUGUUAAAGGAUAAGAAAGAUUCCGAAUUACGUUUGGUUUACGAUGUUUUGAGUUUGGUUGAAGGUGCAUUGGAACCAACAAUAGAGAUUUUCCGUGAAUACAUUACCGAGCAAGGUAUGGCAAUUGUCAAAGACCAAGAAAAGGAUAAGGACUUUUUAACUUUGGUAACUGAUGUCAUUGCUUUGAGAGUUUACUAUGAUGAAUUGUUGUUGCGUUCUUUCAGCACGAGACAAGGUGCUGCAACUGUUGGUGGAGGUGUCAGCAAGACAAGAAAGACUAAUACCUUCAUUCGUGAUAAGGACUUCUCUAAAGCUACAAAGGAUGCUUUUGAUAAGAUUGUGAAUGCGAAUGAGCGUUUCCCUGAAUAUCUUUCAUUGCUAUUGGACAAAAAGCUUAAGAAGGGUAAACAACAAGUUGAAGAAGAGCAACUUGAUCAAUUCUUCGAUAACGUAAUUAUGGUAUUUAGACAUGUCAAAGAUAAGGAUGUGUUUGAAAAAUACUACAAGGAACAUUUAGCAGUUCGUCUUUUGGAAGAAAGAUCUGCCUCUGAUGACUCUGAAAAAUCUUUCUUGACAAAGUUGAAGGCAGAAUUCGGUGUUCAAUUCACUACUCGUCUUGAGGGUAUGUUCAAGGACAUCAAGUUAAGCAAAGAUUUGAUGGUUCAAUGGGGUGAUUAUAAGGAGCAAAAGACUAUUCCAAUUGACAUGAACGUUCAAGUUUUGACUCAAGGUUAUUGGCCAAACACUACUACUUCCAAGUGUGAAUUCCCUGAACAAGAUUUGAAUAUUUCUGCUGAUAUGUUUGCUAAAUUCUAUUUAGGUCAACACAACGGUAGAAAGUUGACAUGGCAAUACAAUUUGGGAAAUGCUUCUCUCAUCAUGAAUGGCUUCCCUCAAAAGUACGAAUUGUCUGUUUCUACAUAUCAAAUGGCAAUUUUACUUUUGUUCAAUGAAAAGGAAAAACUUUCCUAUGGUGAAAUUGAAGAAGCAACCAAAAUUUCCUCUUAUGAACUCAAGAAGAAUAUUGCUCAACUUGUAAAACCAGUAGAUGAUGGCGAACAAUACAAGAAGUACUCCAAGAUUCUUGUUGCCAAGUCUGGUACUGAAGAAGCAGGAGAAGCCAAGAAAACAGGUUUGGAUAAGAAUACAAUCUUUGUUCCUAAUACCAGCUUCAAAUGCAGAAAGUUAAAGGUUGCAGUCAUGCCUCCAAUCAGUAAGCAAAGUGAUGAGGGAGCUCAAAAGAUCACUGAACAAGUAGAGGAGGAACGUAAGAUGGUGGUUGAUGCUGUCAUUGUCCGUAUCAUGAAAUCCAGAAAAGUUUUGUCUCACCGUGAAUUGGUUUUAGAAACUACCAAACAACUUCAACAAAGAUUUAUGCCUGCUCCAACUUUAAUUAAGAAGAGAAUUGAAAACUUGAUUGAAAGAGAAUACUUGGAAAGAGAUGAAAAUGACAGACAAACUUACAAGUAUUUGGCUUAA